AUGACAAAUUUAGGCUCUCAAUUAGUUUUAUCAUGUCGCAGUUCAUUACCAAGUCAGAUUGAUGCAUCUCAAUCCAGACCAUAUAAGCUACAGUUUGAGGGAAAGUUACCUAGCACACUCUUCACAGGGAACAAGCUAGAAGCUGAGGGGCUUUCACCUGUUACAAUACAAUUAGUUGAUGCAGUUUCCGGACAUCGAAUUACAAAUGAUCCUUUGGCAUCGAAAAAGGUUGAGAUUGUGGUUCUUCAUGGCCAUUUUAAGAGCGAGCAACUAGAGGAAUGGACAAAAAAGGAGUUCUGUAGUCAUAUGGUGUCUGAGAGAUAUAAUAAGAGACCAUUGUUGGUUGGAGAACGUAUUAUAACUUUGCGAAAUGGGAUUGGCUCUGUUGGUGAUGUUUACUUCACGGAUAACUCCAGUUGGGGGAGAACCAAGAUGUUUAGAUUGGGGGCUCGAGUAGUACUAGCCCCAGAAGAUCAAGUGAGGGAAGCAGUAAGUAGUCCUUUUCAAGUGAAAGAUCGUCGUGGAGAAACCUAUAAGAAGCAUAAUGUUCCAUCUCUAGAAGAUGAAGUUUGGCGCUUGUGCGGGAUAGCAAAAGAUGGUAAGAUCUGUAGAAGAUUGAAAGAACGUCAAAUUUACAAAGUGGAGGACUUUGUCAGACAAUAUCACAAUGAUGAAUCUUUACUCCGUCAAAUUGUCAAGGUCUCACCACGAAAGUGGAAGGCAAUUGUUCAACAAGCUACUACAUGCUAUUCAGACCAACCAAGCUCAAAUCUGAGUAACUUGGCACAAAAUAACAUCCCUAUUGACAGUACUAUCAACCCAAAUACUAUUCCAUGCUUUGAUAUGCAGCAACAUUCGCAUUAUGUGCCUCCAGCUUUUCAAGCUGAACAAGCUGAAAUGUCAGAAUUCCAUCCAGGGGAGCAUAGCCAUCAGCUGAAUCAAUCCACAGCUUUAGACGAAUCCUUGCUCGAGGAUUUAACUCUAGAUUAUUGCUCUAUGCCAUCAUCUUCUGUCACUCGGUUCAGUGAUAGUCACACCUCACCUUGGUUUCCUGCUCAAUCAGCAGGGGAAGACAGCGAGUGUAUUUUUAUGAAUUCUAGCAUGUCCUCAACCCCUGGUGCGGGUGUUAAUGCGCCGGUAAAUCCAGACAGUGAGACUGGAUAA